UGCAAACAGCAAGAGCAAUUGGCUGCCAACCAGUGCUCAGACCGCAAACUGAAUUCUUGUGAUGAUAAUGCGGACUGUGUUCAAUUGCCGGAUGGCUACACAUGUAAAUGCUUCUCGGGAUAUGUGGACGUGUCGUCUAAUGCCAAUCUUGAACCGGGACGAGUCUGCACACUCAGUACCGUCUGCCCAGUGCAGGCGACCGAUCUUGUGUUCCUUAUCGACGGUUCCGGAUCGAUUGGAUCAUACAUUUUCCAGACUGAGACUUCUUCUUCAAUCACAUUUCCUGAACACACUCCAACCAUCGCAAUCGUUGCUCCUGAAAUUGGGAUAAUUUCAUACCUUCACAUGCAUUAUAAUACGUCCUUGUUAAGAUACCUGACCGGUCUUACACGAACUGGUGCUGCUAUCGAACACGUAGCAACGGAGGCUUUCAGUGAACGCCGUGGUGCCCGACCGUUGUCGGAUAGUGUGGCACGAGUUGCUAUCGUCAUUACUGAUGGUAGAAGUCAGGACAACGUAACCACGGCUGCAAACAAUGCUCGUCGACAGAACAUCCAGUUGUUCGCUGUUGGUGUCACUAAUCACGUGCUUCAAGCUGAAUUGGAAGAGAUUACUGGUGCCAAGGAUCGAACAUUCCACGUGAAUGCAUUUGAAGACCUCAAUACAAGACUUCGAAGUGCCAUUCAACGAGUGACCUGCCCUCAGAACGAAGCCCCUAAGCCAUCUGGACCAUGCGAUCCUUCAUCACACGCUGGAUGCGAUCGCGCUCUUAACCAAGUAUGUAUGUUGAAGAAUGGCCAAUACAGCUGCACAUGCCCUGAAGGCUUUGAAGAGCAUCCCGUCACUAAGGCCUGUGGUGGCGAUGUUUGCAAUCCGGAGAUCCCUACAUCAUGUCCUGAUCCGGAAAUCUGCGAAAAGACUCCGUUCGGUAACUGGCGCUGUACUUGCCCAGCUGACCUCGGCUGGAGAGACCUGCAUACCGGGGCAUGCAAGAUCGGAGAACCUCCUCAAGAUCUAUCAGAAUCGCAGGAUGAGUGUGACCCUGCUGAUUCGGCUAGCUGUGGUCCAAACGCAAAAUGUGUUCGUGGACCGGGUGGAAGCGUGGCAUGCCAGUGCGACCCUGGUUAUGUUAUCAAUAUCAAGUCGGAUAAGUGUCAAAAGCCAGGCACUUGUGAUCCAUCGGUGCCGAAUUCCUGUGAUGCCCGCAAGAAGGAGAAGUGUCUUCUUGAUUCAAAUGGCGAUUACACUUGUCAGUGCGAUGCAAGUCAGUUCUACAAGAGACAUAACGUUACUGAAAUUUGCUUGAUUGACGAAUGUUCUGCCGGUACUCAUGACUGCGAUGUGAACGCUCGAUGCACAGACACAGACGAAUCGUUCAUUUGCACGUGCAACAGUGGUUUCCUGGAUAAAUCGCCCGAUCAAGCCAGGAAACCUGGACGAGUUUGCACCCAACUUCACAAUGAGUGUGAGGAGAACCGGCACAAUUGCUCAAAGAACGCCGAUUGUAUUGAUCUCCCCGACGGGUUCCUCUGCAGAUGCAAAGAGUCGUUCGUGGACGUCUCACCGAACAUGAAAGUUUUCGCCGGUUUGGAUUGUCGUGCUUUGGUUGAUGAAUGUGCCUCGAAAACUACCAAUAAUUGCCAUGAGCAUGCCAUCUGCAUAGAUACUCGUGAUGCCUACAAAUGUCAAUGUAAAACUGGCUACGUGGAUCAUGACGAGCUAAGAAAUCCUGGACGUGACUGCCGUAAAGGUGAGAUUCUGUCAACUCUUAUGUCCAGUAGCAAAUCACUUCCUAAAUUAAGCAUGUUCAGGUGCAAACCAGACUAUCAUGAUCAAAAUCCCAGCGAUCCAGGAACAAACUGCAAAUUCAUUAUCAAUGAAUGUUCGGCGGAAAAUUUGAAUGACUGCGACAAAAAAGCCGAAUGUAUUGACACCAUUGAUGGGUACGAAUGCAAGUGCAUAGCACCGUAUGUGGAUCAGAUGCCCCAGAAUCCUGGGCGAGUUUGCAGGUUCAAUGAGUGUGCUGAUCCCAAAUCGAACGAUUGUGAUAAGAACGCCGAUUGUAUCGACACUGACGAUGGAUUUAUCUGCCAAUGUAAACAAGGUUUCUUCGACGAAAAUACGGAUCCUCUCAAAACCGGCAGAGUCUGCGUUGGGCUGGUUAUCGAUAAACCACAAGAGAGCGAAAAGACGACCAUAUCGCCAAAUUUGGUUCCAUGCGGAAACACAUUCUGCAAAAUUGAUUUGCAUGAGGUUUGUAUUGGUGGAUCGAAGUGCGAUUGCCGACCGGGAGAGUCUCGUUCGAGUCCUAAUGAUAAAUGUGUUGCAGUUACUUCGGUGCCAAUAGUGGUCCGAGUGAUCGAUUUUGACGGCGAGCCAUUACAAUAUUCAACCGACUACAGUAAGCCAACCAGUCCAGAGCAUGUGCAAAUAGUUGAGGAUGCAGUUAAGGGUCUCGGUGAGGUGUUCCGUCAGACGGACAUCGCUCCUCGUUACGUCACCACCGAUAUUAACUACAUCACUAAUCCCAAAGUCGAAAACAGCACAUGGGAUCGUGGACUUCUCAUAAAUGGUUCAGUGAAGCUAUCGGGUGAUGAAAAUGUCGACAGAUGCAAACUGUUCAAAGAUUUCGCUGCCCAGGUAUUCGUUUCAAAUAUGAAAUCAAAAAUCGAAGUAGUCUACGGUACUUCAUGCGGAACGAUGUUCUGUAAUGAAGCGCUCGGUGAGGAGUGUAUUGCUGGUAAACUUUGUGGUUGUCCAAAGGGACAGAAACGCAAGGAUGCACAAAGCCCUUGUCGUGUGGUGGAAUCGUUCAAUUUGCCGCUCUACGUCAUUCGAGACGGCAACAAUCCACUGAAAUAUACGCCAGCUAUUGCUAAUCCCCGAGACGACAGACAUAAGGAGCUGGUGGACAGGUUCGAGACAGGAAUUGCUCAAAGUUACAACAAAACACCCAUCAAGAACGGCUUCGUUUCCGUUGAAGUGAACGAUAUCGAGGAGCCUUCUCUGCGAAAUGCGUCAUGGAUCUCCGGUAUCCUGUACAACUUCACCACUCACUUUGUACGUGGCACAGUUAGCGCCCCAUCGAUGGUGUUCACCGACCUUGUCGACUACAUUAUCAAGAAAAACAAUUAUGAGGUUGGUCAGUCCAAGCUGUUUAUCUCUCCUGAUCAAAUGAAUCCGUUCACUGCUUGCUACGGCAGUGAUUGUCACCCUAACGCUAUCUGUACUGCUCUUGGAAAAGGAUACAGUUGCCAAUGUCCGAAUGGCUAUCGCGAUCUGAACCCGUCACAUCCAGGACGGCAAUGUCUUGCGUACGUGGGCGUGAAUGAAUGUGAGAAACCGGAAUUGAACGAGUGCUCUCCGGAUGCACGUUGUAUCGACCUGGAUUACCUUUACAAAUGUGAGUGUAUAUCCCCAUAUGUGAACGCAGCUCCCGAAGGAGCAGUACCUGGCUCGGUUUGUACCAUCGAUUACUGUUCCGAUGUUCAUUACUGCCCGUUGAACUCGACCUGUAAGAACAUUGGCGAUCAGGCUAAAUGCGACUGCAACCCAGGCUUUGUUGAUCUGCGUAAGUCCGAUAGGUUAUCAGAGGCCGGUCUCGGUGAUACGAUCUGUCUACGGCUUACGGAUGUGAACGAGUGUGCUCUUGGGCUACAUAACUGCAGUGCGGCUGCAAUCUGUAUAGAUCAGAAGAUUGGCUAUGACUGUAAAUGUCCUGAUGGCUAUACCGACGGUAAUCCGGCUGAACCCGGUCGAGUAUGUGCAGCGUUGCUCUGCGGUCUGUGCAACGGUCAUGGUGACUGUAUUCAUGACAGUGUCACCAAUAACGUCACCUGCUCAUGUGUCGAUGGCUACGGAGGACAGUUUUGCGAGCUCGCUCCAUCGAAUGCAGGCCUCAUCCUUAUGACUAUUUUGGCGCUGCUUUUCCUUCUGCUGACACUUCUUUGCUGUCUCUACCUUUGCGCUCGCUGCCGCUGUUUCGGAGCACGAGGCAUAAGCGAAGGCAGUGCGAGCGGUCGUGAAAUACUCGGCUCCGACUACUACACCAUACCUCGUGCUAAACUGAAGCCACUAGCGUACGGGGACGAAGCGAUGGGCCACGACAAUGCCGCCGUUCUUGGUGCCUAUUUGGACGAUGGUGCAUCCGUCUCGUCGGAUGGCUCAUUAGAGGAGAUCGAGCGAAGGGUCACUACUGAUGUCACCACUCGCGAGAUUCGCACCACAACCGUUCGAGACGAAAUGGGUAACGUUGUCAGUCAAAGCCAGACGGUGUUGCACGGUCCAUUCGAGACGGAUACCGAACAGUACGCAGUGACGUCGUCCGACCACUUCCGACAGGCAUCUGGAGCAGCUGGCGCCACUGCAGCAUCCGUUCAUGGAAGUUCAGCCCAUAUCUCUUCAGGAGUUCAAGGGGCUUCUUCGAUGGGUGAACACAUGAGGACAGAAGGAUACGAAUCUGAUUCCGAUGCUGGUUCCGAUGCCGGUCGUGCCACUUACGAUCGAGUAACUCGAGUUUCACAAUCUCAUGACUUCUUGCCCGGUGGUGAUCCUCGAACGGGAACCGAACGACGACGAAACGAAGUCCGCACCACAACAACUGCUGAAGAAGUUAACUACUUCUGA